AACAGAAAAAGGCCAUUGUUCUUGUUCUUCUUCUUCUUCUUCUUCCUCUUCUUCUUCUGUUACUACUAGUUGGGGAAAGUGAAAGCUUGUAAACGAAAGUGGAAACUGUUUAUUUGAAUGGUGGGAGGUUUGGCUCUGGUGGAUUAGUAAUUGUAAGCAAGAGAGGACAGAGCAAACAUGGGAGAGCAACUGGAUCCAUUUUCCGCUUCUAAUCUUCCGGAUUUCAUAUCUUCGCAAAAAAUUGGUAGACCGGUUAAUUUUGAAGGACAAAAUAAUCGUGGGCAUCCGUUUUCUGGUCUUAAGAAGAGAGGCCAAUCUAGUCGUUCUUGGGUGAAAAUUGAUCAAGAUGGGAACUCGGCGGUUUUGGAGCUCGAUAAGGCGACUAUAAUGAAGCGUUGUUCUUUACCAUCCAGGGAUUUGAGACUACUUGAUCCUUUGUUUAUCUAUCCUUCGAGUAUUUUGGGGCGUGAGAGAGCGAUAGUGGUCAGCCUUGAGAAGAUCAGGUGUAUAAUCACAGCUGAAGAGGUUAUUCUCAUGAAUGCUCGGGAUGCAUCUGUUGUUCAGUACCAGUCGGAACUGUGUACACGCCUUCAAUCAAAUCAAAACCUACAUAUCAAAGAUGAUUUGCCGUUUGAAUUUAAAGCGUUGGAGCUGGUUUUGGAAUUAUCUUGCUUGUCCUUAGAUGCACAGGUGAAUGAGCUUGAGAUGGAGGUGUAUCCUGUUCUUGAUGAACUAGCCACAAACAUCAGUACGCUUAAUCUAGAACACGUGCGCAGGCUAAAAGGCCGUCUUCUUACCUUAACACAGAAAGUUCAGAAGGUUUGUGAUGAAAUAGAACAUUUAAUGGAUGAUGAUGAUGACAUGGCUGAGAUGUAUUUGACUGAGAAAAAGGAAAGAGCUGAAGCUCAUGCUUCAGAGGAGCUAGAAGAUAACAUUGGUGAGGACUUUGAAUCUUCUGGUAUAGUUUCGAAAUCUGCACCGGUUUCACCUGUAGGCUCAACAAGUGGAAACUUUGGGAAGCUUCAAAGAGCCUUUAGCAGUAUUGUUGGCUCACAUAAAAGCUUGUUAAGCUCCUCUAGCAUCGGAGAGAACAUUGAUCAACUAGAGAUGUUACUAGAAGCUUACUUUGUCGUUGUUGAUAACACUCUGAGCAAAUUAUCAUCGCUGAAAGAGUAUAUAGAUGAUACAGAGGAUCUGAUCAACAUUAAGCUGGGGAAUGUGCAGAAUCAGUUGAUUCAGUUCCAACUGCUUCUCACCGCGGCAACCUUUGUGGCAGCCAUUUUUGCCGCUGUAACCGCAGUCUUCGGGAUGAAUUUGCAAGACUCUGUUUUCCAGAAUCCGACGACGUUCCAGUAUGUUUUACUGAUAACAGGUAUUGGAUGCGGAUUUUUGUAUUUUGGUUUUGUAUUAUACUUCAAGCACAAAAAAGUAUUCCCUCUCUGAAAACUUAUGUUAGAGAAGAAGAAGACUCAUGGAGCUUCUAUUGUAAAGAUGAACAACUAAUGUCUUUUGCUGAGCUUAGGCUUAACCUAUAGUGAAACAACUGGAUGUUUUUAAGAUUAA